AUAAGCAGCGUUUGGCGGGUUCCCAACCACCAUACAAACAAUUCCUCACAAAUAAAAUGUGUGAUCCAUCUAUUGAAUUAUUGAAUUUAAUAAUAUUUAUUUUUUUUUGCUGCCUAUAAUGCAACUUUAAAAUUAUUUUAUCUUUUAUGAAUUGAGUGCUAAGUAGUGACGAUUAAUGUGUAUGCUCAUCUCCUAAAACUUCGGUUUGAAAGUCAAUGUUUUGAUUCAGAACAAGACCUCAUUUUCAAAUCUAUAUUAAAGCCCUUGCUUGAAAUCAGGAAGUGUUUAGAAACAGGUGUAGUAAUUCCCCAUUGAAGAAAAUGUCAAUAGUAGUGACAGAAGUGCCAACAGCUUUAAAAAGGCUUGUUCGUUUGGUUAUGCGCGGUUUUUAUUCAGUCGAACAUGCAAUAUUAAUGGAUAUGCUGAUUCGUAAUCCCUGUAUGAAAGAAGAUGAUUUGGUUGAACUCUUGAGAUUUGACAGAAAACAAUUGAGGACUCUGAUUGCUCAGUUGAAAAGUGAUAGAUUUGUGAAAAUUCGCUUAAGAAUUGAAACUGGUGCUGAUGGUAAAGCUACAAGGCAAAAUUAUUACUAUAUCAAUUAUAAGAUUUUUGUUAAUGUUCUCAAAUACAAGUUAGAUCAUAUGAGACGAAAAAUUGAAACCGAAGAAAGAGACUCAACUAGUAGAGCAUCUUUUAAAUGUACUGUUUGUUCAAAAACUUUUACAGACCUUGAAGCUGAUAUGCUUUUUGAUUUUUCUACUAAUGAGUUUCGCUGUAGUUUUUGCGAUGCUCCAGUGCAAGAAGAUGAGAGUGCUUUGCCUACCACAGAUUCUCGCUUGAUGCUGGCAAAGUUUAAUGAACAAAUUGAACCUCUUUACAGUCUCUUAAGAGAAGUGGAUGACAUAAAAUUAGCCCCAGAAAUUCUUGAACCAGAACCUACAGACAUGUCCCAAAUUAAAAGGGAUGCAAGCACAAACAAGAGUUCUCGGCCAAACCAAUCUCUUAAUGAUAAUCAUGGUGUUUGGAGUGGUGAUGCCACCAGGAAUAAAAGUUAUGACUUUGGCAAUAACCAAGGCAUUACUGUCAACUUUAAUGCAGAAAACACAGCUGCUACAAAGGUUCAAGAAAAGAAAGAACAACCUAUCUGGAUGGUUGAAAGUACAGUUAAAGCUGAAGCCAAAGAUACGUCUGAUUUCGCUUGGGGACAGGAAAGAGUACCUGGACAUACAGUGGACAGUAGUCCUUUUGUUAAACAAGAUGAUAUAAUGGAAGCACUUUUAGCACAUGAAAGGAAAGGUAAUGCAGAGCAGAAAAUCGUUAUUCCUGGUCAACAUAACCAUGAAGAAAGCAGUAGUGGUUCUGAUGAAAAUUCCAAAACAAUGCAAUCAUCAUUUGCAGAACCUGAAAUUGGUGAAAUGGAAAGUGAUGAAGAUGAUAACUUAAUGGUGACUGUUGGUGACCAUAAAUAUCCUUUAAACGAAGUCACAGAGGAACUGAUAUCAAGGAUGACUGCUGAUGAAAAAGAAGCAUAUAUCAGACUAACACAAGACUUAUAUGCUAGUAUAUAUGAAUGAAUCAUUUUUUUAUAUUUGAAAGAAGAAUUAUUUUCAUAUGUAAAUAAAUUUAUCUUGAAUGACCUGGCCAUUUGUAAAUUUAAUAAUCAGUUAUCAUUAUUUCAUCAUAUGUUACUCACAUUAUUUAUUGACUAUCUAUGUUUUUUAUGGUUAUAAUAUGAAGGAAGUUGUUAAAGAUGUUGCAUUUUAGAAAUAUUUUAAUUAAAGGGUUUUGUUUAACCGCACAAAAUGUAUAAUGGAUUAUAUGGAAUGAAAUAGCCACACGAAUAAUUAGAGUUUGUUAAAUUAUUUGUACUUAUAUUUUUUUAUUUUAAGUUUUCCCAAUUUCAUAUUGUUUUCUUGAAGGAACAAAGGAAAAAACUAAAUAUGAGAGGGAAAUUUAGAAAUUUUAUUCUAAGUUUUGAAAGAGAAAAAGCCUUCAUAUAAAAAAUAAUCUAUUUUAAGAUCAGAAUUGAUUUAUGAAUUUUAGUUGUUACUCAAUUCUUCAAUGACAAUUUCUGAGUAAAAUAAUUGUACGUUCUCACCUAGUACACUUAAAUGAAAUUUAACAUGCAUUGCAAAAUAUUCCUUGUUUAUUGAGAUUUUUUUUUACUUGUCACUGUUGGUUAUAUAAUAACUGGUUUUGUUACUCUACAAGUUGAAGUUUUAAGUUGAGAAAGGAUAUAUUAUGUCCCCACUUACCUCACAUCUUAAAUGACAUCAUCAUUGAUAAAUUCAUCAAAUUUCUAGUUUUUUUCCCUGUGGUAGUUUAAAAGGGAAUAGAUAAAACUAAAUGUUGGAAGUAUUUAAAUUAUGAAAGUUUAAGGAAGUAUUUAAGUGGGAAAGUUUUUAAGUUAUUUUUUAUGGCAUGCCAACCAUGAUUAUUUAUAAAAGAGAAAGAAAAAAAAUCUGAAUUGAAACUCUUAUUAAGUAAGAAAAAAGUUUGAGUUAUCAAGGGACAAAACUAAAACAUUUGACUAAAUGUAAAAAUAAAAACUAAAUUUUUUUUAAAAAUUUCGAGUUAAUAUGUAAAAGUAUUUUAGAAUUUGUGUGAGAUAGUCAUAACUGCUAAUGCUUCUCCAUGUUCCAAUAGACAACUGGAGUUUGUCAAUUUCUCCUGAGUUCUCACUGGAGUUUGUCAAUUUCUACUUAUUUUAAUACAUCUUAAAAAAUUCCGUAAAUCAGGGAAAGUUUCAGAAAACAUCUCUUACGAAAAUAUUCUUAAUUUAAUUUAUUGCUUAUCUGAGUUAUCAGUCUCGUUUAUAGUUAUGUGUUUAAAGCUUUUCUUUUUUGAAUAUUUUAUGAUUUUUCAGUUCACGAUUUUUAAAUUAAUUUAAGAAUAUGUUAUCACCAUUUAAAAUUAGCUAUAACAUAAGAGUUUUAUGCAUUUUGCCAUAAUUGCUAUUGCAAAAUAUAACUUUUUUUAAUUAAAUUGAUUAAGCUUUCCAUAUUCUAUCGAUAUAAUGCUUUAUGUUGAUAUAUUCUAAAAGAAUUGUUUUUUAUUGCAUUUGUAUAAUAUAUAAUAUUCAAAGUGCACAUUAAAUGAUAUUUUUGAAACCGAAUGUGCUAUCUAAAAAGUGCCUUAGUUACAAAUAUGUGGUCUUUAUAUGAAAAUUUAGUAGUUUUAUAUGCUGUUAUGCUGCACAUUCUUUUCCUUUGUUUGCUCAAACAAACUUUAAAGGCUUUGACUUGUUUUUAUUCUGUCUUAUUCUAAGUUAUAUAUGUGAAAUGUUUAUUUUUUUCUGGUUUCUUAUGAAACUAUUUUGAAUAUCACUGCAAUUCAUUAUGAGGGUUUCAAUUGGAAUUUUUAGGAAUUGGAUUUAGAGGGGAAAAAAGUUCAAGAUUUCUUAACCAGCUUUUAAAUCUCUGACGUUUAGAAUCUUAUGAGGGGUUUUCUUUAGAAAUGAUAUAAAUUUUUUAAUUUAUAUUGCAAUUUUAAAAUUAUAAGCUACUGUAAAACAAAAUUUAAUGAUAAUUAAUAUAUUUAAGUAAAUAUAUGUUGAAUGUUUCCAUGUUUUUUCCCCUUUAUAAACCUUUAAAAUAUUUUUUUUUCAAUCGAAAAGAUAAGGGAAUGAAGGAGAUAUGUAACAAGAAGCAUGUUUGCAGGUUACUUUUUAAUUUGGCCCUUUUUUUUCUUCUUUACUAUAUUGCAUACCUUUGGCAUUUCAGUAUUGUGGGGAUGCUACUAUCAAAUAGUAAUGCUAUCAAUAUAGAAGAUACUGAUGUUAUGUAGAAUGCCCAAUCAUGAUAUAGAAUGCCUGCUCAUUUGUAAGCGACGUAUAAGAUCUGAGAUUUAUUUUUUGCUUCAUCUAAUAUUGUAUACAGUACCUAGGAUUCUUAAGUAUCUUAAAUUUUCUUUAGGCAUAAUAUGACUCAUGUGAAUUAGUAUACAAUUUGUCUUGCCAUUGUACAGAAUGCUUGUAGAUUUCCACUAGUCAUUCUAUAGAACAUCUAGGCAAUGUAUGAAAUAUUAAUAAUUUCAAUUUUGCUGUUUUUUUGGGCAUUCUAUAUGAUGUCAGUUUUCAAACACUGAUAGUAACAUAUGCAAAUCUUUUUUUUAGCAAUAAUGUGAUUUUUUUUAAAAAUUGUGUUGCACAUCUUUAUUUGCUUAUGUUGUCAAAUAUCAGUUCUAAGGCAAAAUAUGUUGGUUUGCAUAUUUCUAUUAGAUAUUUAAGAUCUCCGUUCUUUCAGUCAUUAAAUUUUUUGGUGGCACAAAUUUAAAAAAGAAGAAGAUUUUUUUAAAAGUAAUUUAAAUGUUGUUUUGGUUCAAAUAAAUCAUAAUUACUAAUUUAUAUUAUUUUUACAUGUAACUUUCAUAAAAUUAUCAUAAAUGUUAAACUUGCAUACCAAGAUAACAGCAAUGUCAUAAAAGUGUGAUUCACGCCUCUUUUAUUAAUAUGAUCGCUUUCUUUUUUCUUUCUAUUAUUUAUUCAUACCUUUCGAGUACCCCCCAAAAAAAUGUUUCCAUUUGCAAUUUAUUUGAUUUUUUAUUUAAGUUCUGAAUUAAUUUUCUGGCACAAUAAUCAUAUUUCAUAUAUAGUAUCUGAAUUUAAUAAUAGUUAUGUUUAAUUUAUUUUGGAUAAUUUACAUUGUUCUCAUUAUUCUUUUUCAUGCCAUUAGUAUCUAUGUUAGACUAGCAUUAUAUGAUUCUCUCUCUACAGAAUUGCUAGCAGUGUUAUAAAACAGUGAUGCAUAUCCUAAA